AUUGUUUGGAGUGGCACAGUCAUGGAAAGAAUGAGUCCCACCCACCUCAUUAAAUAUUACGUAGCGUGUCUCGCGCUCGAGCGCAGCGCAGAGGCACUCUGGACAUAGGAAGUGACUGACGGGCCGUAGCGUAAACCGCAGGACAAUGAGUUAUCCAGGCUAUCCUCCCCAGUCCGGUUAUCCUCCCCAGGCCGGUGGAUACCCACCCCAACCCGGGGCUUAUCCUCCAGCUGCAGGAGGUUACCCUCCUCAGCCUGGGAUGUACCCCCCACAGGCAGGUGGAUACCCUCCCCAACCUGGAGCUUACCCGUCCCAGCCAGGUGCCUAUCCUGGCCAGCCCGGGUCAUAUCCUUCUGUGCCUUCAGGAGGUUGGGGUGCUCCCGGUGCUCCUAUUGGCUUGGAUAAUUUGCCGAAUCCUGGAUUCAAUGCAUCAAAUCUCCCAGCAAUGGUAAAUCAGUUUGCCGCCAAUAGUGGAUUUACCCCAAAUCCAUCCAUGUUCCCUCAAGUGCCUGGUGGCUAUCCUGGCCCCCAGCCUGGGGGCCCACCAGCCCCCUCCCCUAACCAGCCCUAUGGCAUGUACCCUCAGCCAGGAGGAGGUAUGCCCCAAGGUCCGGGAAUGGGUUACCCUGGAGGCCCAACCCCGGGUCAGCAGAUGCCAGGCUUCCCAAACGCCCCAGCACCCACUCCGUCCAUGCCUAGCUAUCCCAAAGCACCCUCACCCAACCCGUCCAUGCCCGCAUAUGGAGGAGGUUACGGAGGAGCUGCACCUGCUGUUCCAGCUAUCAAUCGUGGAUUCAGAGGGACCAUCCAAGACUUCCCUGGAGCUGAUCCUCUGAGAGAUGCGGAAGUCCUCAGGAAGGCCAUGAAAGGCUUUGGCACAGAUGAACAAGCCAUCAUUAAUUUACUCGGAAGUCGCUCCAACAAGCAGCGUGUGCCACUCUGUGUGUCAUACAAGACUGCGUAUGGAAAGGAUUUGAUUAAGGACCUGAAGUCUGAGCUUUCAGGAAACUUUGAGAAUCUGGUGCUGGCCAUGUUGAAGACUCCUGCUCAGUUUGAUGCAUAUGAGCUCAAAGAGGCCAUCAAGGGAGCAGGGACGGAUGAGGCCUGUCUGAUUGAAAUCUUGUCCUCGCGCUCUAAUGCAGAGAUCCGAGAGAUCAAUCAAGUCUUCAAAGCUGAAAAUAAGAAAUCACUGGAGGACUUCAUCAGUGGAGACACAUCUGGACAUUUCCGCAGACUUCUGAUCUCUCUUGCUCAGGGUAACCGUGAUGAGAGCGAGAAUGUGGACAUAUCAUUAGCCAAACAGGAUGCUCAGACUCUCUAUCAAGCAGGGGAAAAUAAACUUGGCACAGAUGAGUCGAAGUUCAAUGCCAUCCUGUGCGCUCGGAGCAAAGCUCACCUCAGAGCAGUGUUUCAGGAGUAUCAGCACAUGUGUGGCAGAGACAUUGAGAAGAGCAUCGAUAGGGAGAUGUCUGGAGAUCUGGAGAGCGGCAUGCUGGCUGUCGUGAAAUGCAUCAAGAACACACCGGCCUACUUUGCAGAGAGACUCUACAAGGCCAUGAAGGGAGCAGGAACCAAGGACCGCACUUUGAUUCGCAUCAUGGUGACCCGCUCUGAAGUGGACAUGAUGGACAUUCGUCAGGAAUACAUGAAGAACUAUGGGAAAUCUCUAUACACAGCCAUAUCUGGAGACACUUCUGGGGAUUAUAAGAAACUACUGCUGAAGCUCUGCGGUGGAAGUGAUUAGAAGAUACAGAUGCUCGCAGACAUUAAGAGGACAUGAAGCCACACCACGAUUCCUAUACAUUUAAUGCAUUAGUUUAGUUUGCACUCUAUUACUAACUUGCAUGUUUUACUGUAGUCAAGUGCAUAUGUGACCCUGGACCACAAAACCAGUCUUAAGUGUCAAUAAAUAAGCUUCCCAUUGAUGUAUGGUUUAUUACGAUCGGACAAUAUUUGAAAAUCUGGAAUCUGAGGUUGCAAAAAAAUCAAAAUAAUGCGAAAAUCACCUUUAAAGUUGUCCAAACGAAGUUCUUAGCUAUACAUAUUACUAAUCAAAAAUUAAGUUUUGAUAUAUUUACGGUUGGAAAUUUACUAAAUAUCUUCAGAUUUUUGGCAUAAAGAAAAAUCGAUAAUUUUGACCCAUACAAUGUAUUUUUGGCUAUUGCUACAAAUACACCUCAGUGACUUAAGACUGGUUUUGUGCUCCAGGGUCACAUAUAUGCUGCACGUUACAUUUCAUGCUCUUUUAUUAAUGUAUUUUUAUUUUCUAGAGUAGCAAACCAUAUCUGAAUGUGCCUUCUACACUCAAAACAGUGGAUUAAUUAAUUAAUGUUUAUAUCAGGAAGAGUGCAUAUAUAUUUGAUGUAUUCAUUUUCUCCAAGUAUACUUUGUUUGCAAGUUGAUUCAAGAAAAUUCUGGACCGAGUAUUGUGCACAGAUCUGAAUGCCAAACAUGUUUUUACACUUAUGUUUUUUUUUUUAAGAAAAAUACAUAUACUGGGGAUAAUGUGCCAUAAUUGUUAGAUGUAGUCAUCAUGUUCGGCAUAAAUUUAAAUUUUAUAGUAAAAAAAUGUAUAUUUGCUGCAUCCUAUGCAUAAAUACACUAAGCUUAUUUUUAUAUAUGCAUAACUAUACACAUUUCUUUUGUUGUAACCAUUAUGAUUUUUGGCCUCUUCCUUUUUGAGAAAAGUGGUAAUGAUGGUGCUGUCUUUGUGUUUCUUAUUUGUUUACUCUGUACAGAGCCAAACACACAUAUGAAAUGCUAAGUAAAUUCUGCCUGAAAGAGA